AUGAAGUCUGAAAUUGGGAAAUUGCCAGCAAAAAUGGUGGAAAGAAGAAUGACUCUUGGUCCAUUUGGACUUGAUGGUACAAAUGAGACUCCUUCAUCCUCUCCAAGUUCUACACCAGGAAGGAUGAGAAACCUUGAUGAAAUUUAUGCUUCUUAUGAAUAUACUUGCAUCUCGCAGUGCGAGCCAUCGAAACACGAUACCGCUCGGAGGAGCUCAUGGGUGUCUUGGCAAGAUUACAAUUAUGCAUAUUUUCAGAUUGAAGAACUUCGAUAA